AUGGUGAGGCUUGUUCUGCCCAACCCGGGCCUGGACGACCGAAUCCCCUCCCUGGGGCAACUGGAGGUCCUCGAGAAGGAGGAGGCCAGCUCGCGGCCCAAGUGGGACAACAAGGCCCAGUACAUGCUCACCUGCGUGGGCUUCUGCGUGGGCCUGGGCAACGUCUGGCGCUUCCCCUACUUGUGCCAGAGCCAUGGCGGAGGAGCAUUCAUGAUCCCGUUCCUCAUCCUGCUGGUGGUGGAGGGUGUCCCCUUGCUGCACCUGGAGUUCGCCAUCGGGCAGCGACUGCGCAAGGGCAGCGUGGGCGUCUGGAGCUCCAUCCACCCAGCCCUGAAGGGCGUAGGGAUCGCGUCCAUGUUCGUGUCCUUCAUGGUGGGCCUCUACUACAACACCAUCAUCGCCUGGGUCAUGUGGUACUUCUUCAACUCCUUCCAGGAACCCCUCCCUUGGAGCACGUGCCCGCUCAACGACAACCUGACAGGCUAUGUGGAGGAGUGCGCCCGCAGCUCUUCGGUGGACUACUACUGGUACAGAGAGACCCUCAACAUCUCCAACUCCAUCAGCAACUCGGGCUCUGUGCAGUGGUGGGUUCUGCUCUGCCUGACCUGUGCCUGGUGUGUCCUCUACGUGUGCAUCAUCCGUGGCAUCGAGACCACCGGCAAGGCUGUGUACAUCACCUCGACGCUGCCCUAUGUCGUCCUGACCAUCUUCCUCAUUCGGGGACUGACGCUAAAGGGAGCUACCAACGGUAUCAUCUUCCUCUUCACGCCCAACAUCACGGAGCUGGCCAACCCAGUGACUUGGCUGGAUGCGGGGGCCCAGGUCUUCUACUCCUUCUCGUUGGCCUUCGGGGGCCUCAUCUCCUUCUCCAGCUACAACUCCGUCCACAACAACUGUGAGAUGGACUCGGUGAUCGUGUCCGUCAUCAACGGCUUCACAUCCAUGUACGCAGCCACCGUGGUCUACUCCAUCAUCGGCUUCCGCGCCACAGAGCGCUAUGACGACUGCUUCAACCAGAAUAUCCUGACGCUCAUCAACGGGUUCGACUUGCCCGAAGGCUCUAUCACCCAGGAUAACUUCGAGAAAGCACAGCAGUGGUACAAUGCUUCUGACCCCAUGGCCUUCGCCCAGCUGCAGUUCCAGACCUGCGACAUGAACUCUUUCCUGUCAGAGGGCGUGGAAGGCACGGGGCUGGCGUUCAUUGUCUUCACGGAGGCCAUCACCAAGAUGCCCGUGUCCCCUCUGUGGUCUGUGCUCUUCUUCAUCAUGCUCUUCUGCCUGGGCCUGUCCUCCAUGUUUGGGAACAUGGAGGGCGUGGUCGUGCCCCUGCAGGACCUCAAAGUCUUCCCCAAAAAGUGGCCCAAGGAGGUGCUCACAGGUCUCAUCUGCUUUGUGUCGUAUCUCAUCGCCUUCAUCUUCACGCUGAACUCCGGCCAGUACUGGCUCACCCUGAUGGACAGCUAUGCCGGCUCCAUCCCCCUGCUUAUUAUCGCCUUCUGCGAGAUGUUUGCUGUGGUCUACGUGUAUGGCGUGGACAGGUUCAACAAGGACAUCGAGUUUAUGAUCGGCCACAAGCCCAACAUCUUCUGGCAAAUCACGUGGCGAGUGAUCAGCCCGCUGCUCAUGCUGGUCAUCUUCCUGUUCUUCUUCGUGAUCAACGUCAAUAAGGAGCUGAUAUACAGCGUCUGGGACCCUGCCUAUGAGGAAUUUCCCAAAUCCCAGAAGGUCCCAUACCCAAGCUGGGCAUAUGGUGUGGUGGUUAUCGUUGCUGGUGUGCCCUGCCUCACCAUCCCUUGCUUUGCCAUCUACAAGCUCAUCAGGAACCGUUGCCAGAAGCAAGAAAGCCACCAGGGGCUGGUCAGCACCAUGUCCACGGCCUCCAUAAAUGGGGACCUGAAGUACUGA